AUGGCAGCUAGGGACCGUUUCGGUGCCUAUGCUGACCCAAGCCUCUCCCUGCUCCAGCGAGCCAUCCGGAACGCUUGUGAUCCGCAGAACUACGAACCCAACCUAGCCUUGAACCUCGAAGUCGCGGACCUGAUAAACACAAAAAAAGGCAAUGCACCCCGAGAAGCUGCCAUUGAGAUUGUCCACUUCAUCAAUGCCCGGAAUCAAAACAUCUCGAUACUCGCGUUGGCGCUCCUCGAUAUAUGCGUGAAGAACUGUGGAUACCCUUUCCAUCUGCAAAUUAGCACCAAGGAGUUUCUGAAUGAGCUGGUACGGCGGUUCCCGGAGCGGCCACCCAUCCGGCCCUCGCGGGUUCAGCAUCGGAUUCUGGAAUCAAUCGAGGAAUGGCGGCAGACGAUCUGUCAGACUUCGCGGUACAAGGAAGAUCUAGGCUUCAUCAGGGACAUGCACCGUCUGCUACUCUACAAGGGCUACUCGUUCCCGGAAGUCCGCCAUGAAGAUGCUGCGGUUCUAAACCCGAGCGAUAAUCUUCGUUCGGCCGAGGAAAUGGAAGAGGAAGACCGGGAAGCCCAGUCGGCCAAACUACAGGAGCUCAUCCGAAGAGGCACGCCUGCAGACCUACAGGAAGCCAACCGGUUAAUGAAGGUAAUGGCUGGAUAUGAUAACCGACACAAAACCGACUAUCGGGCCAAGGCAGCGGAAGAGGUUGCCAAGGUUCAGCAAAAGGCCAAGAUCCUUGAGGAGAUGCUCCAGAGUCAGAAACCCGGGGAUAAGUUGGAAGAUGGAGACGUAUUUGAGGAGCUUGCUGGCGCUUUACGAAGCGCCCAUCCCAAGAUCCAAAAGAUGUGUGAGGAGGAAUCGGACGACCCAGAAGCAGUGCACAAGUUGCUGGAGAUCAAUGACAGCAUACACCGAACAAUUGAACGGUAUAAGCUGAUGAAGAAAGGCGAUUUUGACGGCGCGACCAGAAUCCCCAAGGGUACGCUGGGCACGACGACUGGGGUCUCUAAGAAUGCCAACAACGAGCUGUCUCUAAUCGAUUUCGACCCGGAACCGAGCUCGAACGGGAAUAGCAACGAAGGAGCUGCUGCUCCGGCAGUGAGCUCGCUGGAGAAUGACUUGCUCGGUUUGUCAUUCCAGGAUAGGGUGCCGGCCCCGUCGGGGGGGAUCUCCCUGGGAAUGGGCGCUUCUCAAGUGACAGAACCCAUCAGUUUCACACCCUCUGUUCAGCAAACACCCGCUGCUUUCAGGUCUAGCUAUGAUGCCCUUGCUUCGCUCAACCCCUCCCGACCGACUUCCAAACCGUCGACUCCUGUUCCUUCAUUGUUCCAGCAGCAACAACAACAGCAGCAGCCAGCAACAGCCACUCCCCCACCCCCAACAGACCCGUUUGCGGCCUUGGUAUCGGCCAGCCCGCGCGUGGCCAGUCCGUUUACCCCCUCGGUGUCCCAGAGCCCGCGGCCAGGCGCGGUUUCGACUUCUCUGCUUGAUCUUGGCGGGCUCCUCGACUCUGCUCCCGCGCCCGCAGCACAACCUGCAGCGGCGCCUGUCACGACGACAGUCGAGGACGAUGAAUGGAGCUUUGCCUCGUCGCUGCCAGAAGCCAGUGCUCUUCCCAGACAGAACAAGAUGCAGGUUCUAAAUUCGUCGCUGCGGAUCGACUUUGCCGUGCGCCGGCCCCCGAACGCGCCUAAUGGGCGUCAGAUCCAUAUUGUGGCGAUCUUUUCCAAUACGACGAGCCAAGCGCUGAGCGAGCUGCACUUUCAGGUUGCCGUAGAAAAGGCAUACAGUCUCCAGCUGCGGCCCCAGUCCGGCCGAGACAUCGCGCCACUGCAGCAGAACGGAGUGCAGCAGGAGAUGCUCCUGGACGGGAUCGACAGCGGCAAGGGUAACUCGGUGAAGAUCCGGUUCCGAGUGUCAUACAAGAUCGAUGGGCAGAUCAAGGAGGAACAAGGCAUGGUGCCCGCCUUGGGGAUUCAAUAG